AUGUCCCAUCAUCGAUGGGAUAUUACUGGCGUGCCGGACCCACAGCAUUGUGGCCUCAAGUCUGUGCUUGAAAUAGCAGCUUGGAAGGCUGAUGACUUUAUCUUCAAGUAUAUUUAUGAUUGGGCGUCUUCAGUACAGUUCAACUGGAGUCCAAAGACGGUAGCCCGUGCUCUAACACUUGCAAUCUUUGAACAGAAGCAUGAUUAUAUAGCCGAGUUAAUGCUUCUCGACGAAGGAGCACUGGUCGUGGGUGAACAUGAAGACGAGUAUCAUAAAGCUGUUGAGCUUGCAGAGGAACAUGGUCAUUAUGCCACGGCUAGACUCUUGAAAUCAUUCAAGGACUCGGUUGAAUUGGCUUGA